AUGGGUUCCAAGGUUGUCGGAAAAGGCAGUAAUAUUCUUCAUGGGGAAAUUGCUCAGACUGGCAAAGCGGCGUGCAAUGGAAUCUUGCAAGAAAUGAAGAAGAGCCAUGUCAUCAAGGUGAGCGAACUUUGGAGAGAUGAAAACGUUCACCCAGUGGACACUGGUAGUACUAUUGGAGAUGUUAGCUAG